AUGAGUGUCAUGAAGCGCUUCCUGGCAGGGGAGCGGGAAACCAGGAGCAUCCACUGCAACAACGACGCAUCGUUUCUGGGCGUGGGCAACACGGAGUGUCUGCACGAUAACAUUGAGACGGCGGCGAUUUUGCUGGCGGUCAUUGUCGCCGUGUCGAUUAGCGUGGAGAAGUUCAUCCAUUUCAUUCGCGGCGUUAUCAAGUGUCCGCAGCUUCGGCGGAUUGUCAACCGCAUCUUUGAGGAGAUGAUGAUCAUGGGGUUCCUGUCCAUGGUCAUCUUCGCGCUCAACACCAGUGGGGCCAUGGUCUCGCUCACGCUGAACGAACUCACGGCGUACGAGAAUCUCCGCUUCUACGAGUUCUUCCACUACAUUGUGUUCCUCACGAUGAUCUACUUUAUCAUCAUCGUCCUGCUGCUGCUAUUCAUCGGUACCGUCGUGCCUAAGCUCAUUUGGGACAUUAAACAAACGCCUGGCCAGUGCCAAGAUGGCACCGUUGAUAUUCAUGGCAACGACACGUAUGACACGCGAGACCCGAGUUUUAGCACUGGCUUCAGCAGUGACUGCACUGGCAAUAACUACCGCAUGCGCCACUCUUUCAUCCGUGGCACAUCUUUUCUGGAUCGUGAAAUCAAUCCAUACGGCAGGGGCAGCAGUACCGGUGACGGCGAACAUGGACCACACGGUGACUGCAACCUGUCAGUGCAAUCCCGUGCAAACUUCGAUGAGGAUGGCGUGUAUCACAUGAUGGCUACUAGAGCGAGAGCUCUGUCCGGUAUGGACCUCGUCUUGGGUUCACGAGCGUACAGCCUACUUCUCCAGCGAUACCAGCGUGAAGGAUGGUGCUUACGCAUCAACAUCCACAAGCAGUGGAAGUUAUGGAAGAGCUUUGAAAUCCUCGCGUACAACAUCUGCCAGAACCGGAGCGGCUACAUCUACAAGAACCCCAUUGAAAUGGAGCGACUCUUCGGCAUCAAGUCGACUACUCAAGCGUAUCACCCGGACUUUAAAAUGGCAGCUGGUGGCGACGCGAAUUACGGGCACCGCGAAGAAGGAAUGACCUACGCCAAGUAUCAUGUGCUAUGCAUGCGCAACAUGCUUUUCCACAUGACCCAUAUCCCGCCAAGCGCGUUCCUCAUUUUCAUCGUCAUCUGUAUGUUGCCAACACUCUUUCCCGAGCAAGACCGAUGGAUCUUCAUUGGUGUGGGAGUUCUGCUGCUCUUGGUGAACGUUAUCGUUUUCUUCAAGGUGCUGAAGAUCUUGCGCGGUAUCGUAGAUGACCGUCUCCAUAUCAUUUCCGAGCGAGAAAUUGAUGCGCGAAUGACGAAAGUGCUCAUGGCCUCUCGUCGUCUCAAUUCAAAGCGCCAAAUCCAGUCUGCAAAUGUCUCCGAUUCCAACUCUGCACCAGAGUCUGCUGGACAUUCGAGCGUAGAAGAGCACGAUUCUACGGCAGAAGAUGGUCAUGAAAACCGGCAGACUCCGCCCGUAAAGGGGAUCAAGAAGUUUAGAGCAGCUGCGCUUGCUGUCCGCGCUGUUAUUCGCAUGCAAAUGUCUGCACUUUGUCACCGGCAACUGCACUACCAUGAUGACCGGUUCUGGUUCCACAGUCCCAAAUUUCUGCUGCGCCUCUUCCAGUUCGCCACGAUUGGUCAAGCUUUCUACUUGGUCUGGUUUUCGCUCGUGGAAAUUGCCAGCUUGACCGACUCCACGAAUGUGAAAGACGGGGAAGAUAUGCUGCUGCUUCUCAUGGCGAUUUUCCCGGCUUUGUCACUCUUCGUCGUUACACCACUCACAAUGCCAAGCCUUGUGUUGGUCAUGAGCCUCACGGGCAUUUUUGUCGAGCUCAAUACGAUUGUUGGCGAUGAGGAAGGGAAACAUCGCCACGUGACCGAGGAAGAGAUAAAGACGCACACCAGGUUCAUCCGCCGUACUUAUUUGAGGAGUCACUACACUGAUGACGGGAAUCUCCAGCAGCCAAGCGGAACACCAACGUACGGUCCUGUCAGUCCAGCUUACUGGCAGGAGCCAGCAGUGGAAGAUCGAGCCUCCGUGGCCUCUUCGACCAACGUAUUUCUUCGCGUCUACGACUCGCCAGCACCUUCCAUCGGUUCCGUACUCGGGGAAGAUCGUGGGUCGGUUUACUAUCCCAGUAAUGACAACUCUGUGGGUGGCAACACUGACUUCGAUCGUCCGAGAUACUAUAGCCAAUCCAAUGCUAGCUUCGACAACAGACGUAGUGACGACCACGGGCACAAUCCGAGGCGGACAUUCAACCUGAGAGAGUUCCAAUCGCUGGAAAAUGACGCUAUGGCCGCACCCGAAAGGGCGAACAACCGUACUCGCUACCCUUACAGAUCCGCGUCUUCGUUCACGAGUAACACGAGCAGCUCAAGUAAAACCCCUCGGCCAACCAGAAAGGAGGUGCGUGCACCAAGCUGGAAGAAGAGCUGGAGUCAGGCUGACGUUGAUCCUCCGGGCAUGCGAGCCGGCAGCAACGCGGAUGCUGAGAGUGACAGGGAGGGUGAUUUGGAGCAUGACCGGACCUCUGGUGCAGGGUCCUACAUGGCUCACUGUUCCAAAUACGGCGGCUACGCAGACGUGUGA